AUGGCUAACGAAUAUGGGCCUCUGUCCAUUAUCAUCUCUGCCACGUCAGCCGUCGCAUCCGCCACGUCACCUCUCCGCCAGUUCAUCUGGUCGGCUGUGCGCCUUCAGCUUUUCCUCGCCUCCACCUGCCUUUCCGCCAUCUGCGCGCUUCCACUGCUACCCUUCCGCCUGCUCUCCGCCGCCCUUCGCGAGAACAAGAUGCGCGCAAGCCUAGCGGAGGCGCAGCAGCAGGGCGGGUACUGGCGCGAGGCGGCGGCGGCGCUGCAGCAGCGCGCGAAGCGGGAGGAGGCGGCGAGGGAGGCGAGCGAGGCGGCGGCGCGCGAGGCGGCGACGCGGCUGAGGAAGGCGCUAUCGCAGCGCGCGCAGCUUAAGGAGUGCCUCCAGCGCGCCGUGCGCGAGGUGCGCGGAAAGGAGGGGGGAAUGUGGGUGGAGAGAUGGAAGCGGGGAGGUGGGGGUGGUGGGGGUUUGGGGAAGCUGGGCGAGGAGGCGGCGGCGCGGCAGGAGGCAGAGAGGGCGCUGGCGAGGGAGCGCCACCGCGGUGCGCGCCUGCAUGCCGACCUGCACGCCUCGAAAUCGCGCUGCUCUCAGCUCCAGGCUGACCUGGCGGCUGCCAGCCUGGCACUCGGGCGGCUGAGGGAAGAGCUGGCGGCGGCGACUCAGCGGCUGACGGCGUGCCAGGUGGCAGCGGAGGAGGCAGCAGCAAUGGAGGAGAGGCGAGGGGGGUUGAGUGGGGGGGAGGCGGUGUGGGGUGGCGGGGGGGGCGAUGAGCAGGAUGCGAGCAGGGGCAGGGAGGGGAGAGGGCAGAGGGGAAGGCGUGGGCGUGGGGGUCAAGUGGGGGGGACGACGAGGGUGUUUCAGGGGCGGGGAGAGGUGUGGCAGGGUGAGGAGGAGGGUGAGGGGAGUGAGGGAACUACGUCUGCAUGCACCACCACCUCCUCCGGUUCACACGCCCCCACUGCCACGCCACCCCCCUCACAUCGCUCCUCCUCGCCUGCUCUCCCCCCAUCACAACACCCCCAGCCCCACACGCUGGCCCUCGCCAAGGAGCCCCUGUUGUGGCGGGCAGCCCUCAAGUCCACUGCGGCUGCACUGCUGCUCGCCACGCUGCUGGCGCUGCUCGCCUGCAUGCAGCCGCAUUGCUGCCCGCCCGCCCUCCUCACGCUGCUCGCCCUCACUGCCCUCGCUGUGCUGCUCUCCGCACUCGCCCUCGCCCUCGCCAUGCCCUCCCGCCGCCCCUCUGCCUCGCCCGCUCUCUCCCCCGCCUCCUACCGCGCUCGCAUGGUGGCAGAAGCAGCGGUGGCAGCGGUGCCGCUCCUCUGCGCCUGCUGGUUCGCCCUCGGCCUCCUCCUGCACUCCAUGCCCCCCUGGCCUGCCGUCUCAAAGGCACUCUACUCGCAUGCCCCCGCCUCGCUGGAACGUGCAGUCUCAAGUUUCUGGUUUUCUCCCUGCAGUGCUGCUCGCCCAUAA